GGCGACGGCUUAAGUUUGAAGUUUAGCGCCACGAAAGCGCAGAGAGAGACAAGACAGAGAGACGGGACAGAGACAGAGAGACAGGUCAGAGACAGAAACUGUCUGUCUGUCUGUCCCGGUCGUGUCCGUUCUGGCUGUCGGAGUGUCUGUGUCCUCUGUGUCUGUUGUUUGGAGGACAGGUGCAGACAGACCGGCUCUGGGGAGGAUGUUCGAGCACCUGAUCGAAGCCUUCUGUGGUCUGGAGCCGCAGGUGUCUACGGGGAGCGGGGCAUGUCGGGGUGUACGGGAUCUGGGCGAGGGGGACGAGUACAGUCUGAGUGUUGGACAGUUCGUCCUCUGUCACUGGUCAGAUGGACUGUACUACCUGGGCAAGAUACAGAGGGUGAGCCCCCCCAGGCAGAGCUGCUUUGUCACAUUUGAGGACAACUCUAAGUUCUGGGUCCUCUGGAAGGACAUUCAACAUGCCGGAGUGCCGGGGGAGGAGCCUCGCUGCUCAGUGUGUCGGGAGGCGGAGUCAAAAUCUGACAGCCAAUUAAACCAAGACAACCAGAUCCUCAUCUGUGGGAAGUGCGGCAUAGGUUUCCACCAGCAGUGCCAUGUUCCUCCAGUAGAGGGCAGCAUCAGUCUCAGUCCCUGGUUCUGUAGACGUUGUGUUUUCGCUCUGGCUGUCAGGAAAGGGGGCGCUCUAAAGAAAGGUCCUAUAGCCAAAGCUCUGUCAGCCAUGAAGCAGGUGUUACCUUAUGACCUGGACUCUCUGGACUGGGACUCCCAACAUCGCACCAAUCAGCAACAGUGUUACUGUUACUGUGGAGGCCCUGGAGAGUGGUACCUAAAGAUGCUGCAGUGCUUUAGAUGUCAGCAGUGGUUCCAUGAAGCCUGCACCCAGUGUCUGCAGGAGUCCAUGAUGUUUGGAGACAGGUUUUACCUCUUCCUGUGUUCGCCGUGUAAUAAAGGAUCAGAGUACGUCCGUCGUCUCUCUCUGAGGUGGGUCGAUCUCGUUCACCUGGUUCUCUACAACCUGUCGGUCAGCAGCAAGAAGAAAUACUUUGAGCUGGACGAGAUCCUCACCUUUGUCUCUGCAAACUGGGAACAUUUACAGCUCGGGAAGCUGUCUAACACUCCGUCAUUAGAGAGAGGGCAGCAUCUGCUGGACGCUCUGAAUAAAUACAAGAGCAAGUUUCUGUGUGGGAAGGAGAUUAAAAAAAGGAAAUGCAUCUUUCGUCUAAGGACUAGAGUCCCUCCUAACCCCCCCACCAAGCUCUUUCCUGAACGUGCUCAGAAUGAUGGAGGACGGGGCCGUAAGAAAGGCAUUGUCAGGAACAGUGCUUCAGCUGAGAGGAAGAAGAGGAAGUCCAAGUGGCUUUUAGAAGAUGCCAUUCCUAAUAACGAGCUGUCCUGCAGUUGGACGUCCAACCAUCACAUGGCCAACAUCUUCGACUUCACCCUGGAUGAACUGCAGAGCCUCAAGAGUAGUUCCAGUCGGACAGUCAGUAUCGAUCAGGACUCUACUGAUGCCUCCACUUCAGGAUCUGCUACAACUAGUGCUUCCUAUCACUUCAGGAGGGUGGGCAGCAGGAAGAGGAAGUUGCCUAGCAACAGCUACAGCCAGUGGGCCAGUCGCAGUGAGGCAGGGGAGGAGCUUGGAGGGGAGGAGCCUUCUGGGAUGCUUGAGGACCAAGAUGCUACAAACCACCCACACCUGACAUCAGACUCCUCCCAUUUCCUGUCGGAUCCUUCCCAGAUUCCCUCUGACUCCUCCCACCUCCACUCCUCCAUCUCCUCGUAUUUUGGAGUGGCAGGCAGACUGACCAAUGGGGAGAGGUACCAGGUGUUGGCUCGACGUGUUACUCCUCAGGGGACGGUCCAGUACCUGUUGGAGUGGGAGGGGACAACACCUUAUUAGGACAUUACGGGGUAACAGGGGUUAGAUGUCGUGUGAAGCUUUGAUUCCUCUUCACUUCCUGUCAGAGGACAUUUGUUUCCUGCUCAGCUCUCAUUGGUCAAAACAACUGAGUGCUCCGUUACCUCACGAGUAACGAUGGUGCAUUUCCUGUGUACGUGACAAAAGUCUGACCGACCACCUGUUCUUGUUUUAAUGGGGUCAUUGUUUUUAAAAAUGUUGGCAACCAAAAACAGCAACAAAGGCGAGAUUAACAGUAUUCUCCCAGUUUAGGAUCAGGACCCAGUUUGUGUUACAUGAACUAGUCCAGGACACAGUGUACUGAAUCUGACAAUGAUAACCCUGAAGAACGCAUGGCCCCACAACCCUCCGUCAAAGAUCUGUAAGAUGGUUUUCAGGUGAGUUCGGAGGAAUCAAAGCUGAUCAUGACCCUGUAAAAUCAGUAUUUAGUGAGAACAGACAAACCUUUAAAUACAACCAAAGACCAUACACACACAUUCACACACACACACACACACAUAGUGUUAUAUGAAUAUUUAGUAUUCUGGUCUGUGUAUUAUCACAAUGACAGUAGGUAUUGUGUCAUUUCUUCUUCUCUGCCUCUGACAUGUUAAACAGUCAGAGGCUCCAACUGUUUCCUGUCAAACAGCACACCGCCUCACCUGUUCUCACUCUUACCUGUGAGUUAUAAUCACUCUUUCAUUCAGAAGUUUCUCAUGUAUUUAACCAGCGUUUCAAAUGUACAACUGAACAGAAAGCACUUAAUUUAAAGCAGACUGAGAUCUUCAGUCAGAAAACCGACGGUUCAAGCUCGUUUAGUUUCCAGUCAGCGAGGUCGCAGAAGACGUUUUCUACCAGCUGACCCGGGUCAUGUUGGUUCACCAAUAAACUUCCAGUCAGAGUUUUUGUUCUGUUUCCAGUUUCAAUGUGAACUCAGCAGGAUUUAAAGAUACUUGAGAUCUCAAACCUCUCAGACUCAUUUAGUCUGAGCCAACAGCAAAGUGUUUUUCAUACAUCUUACAGUCCCCUGAAAGUAUCUGAAGUGAACAUGAGACGUCAACAGUCUUAGCUGGAGAAAUGAAACCUACAGUGUGUUUAAAGGGCUGUUUCACCACCGGAUAGACGGUCCCUGAUGGAACAAACUAUACAUCAUAAAAUAUCAAUAUAGUGAGCAGUAAAAAUUAUAUACAUAAUAAUAAAAUAGCAAAAUAUGCUUCUGCAAACAUUUGAGGUGGGAAAUAAUCGAUAGAGAGACAGAAUCUUGCCGCCCCCUCACUCAGUGUGAAUUUGUGGUGGCAGAAAUAUAAAAAUGUGGAACACUGUUAUUUCAUAUACUACUAGCAUUGUGAUGAUACAAAUCUGGUUGAAAAUUCAUAAAGUUUACCUGUAAAACCAGAUUCUGUUUCCCUUUAAAACCAGAUUCUGUCAGGAUUUUACUGAGGUCAUUAGUCCAAAUCCCCAAACAUAGCUCAUCUUCACCAGUUAAACUAGCCACAAAUAUUGUCUGUGUGUGUGUUUAUAUAUAAUAUAUCUACACACUGUUCUGUCACGUUAUAUCCUCGUCUAAAUGCUGUAUCAAAGCCUCCUCUACAAUUUAAUCUAUGUUUUUUGUCUAAAAACAACAUUUCUGGAUAUUAAGUCUAAAUAAUCAGAAUUGGCCAAUAAUAUCGUGACCUGAACUCUCCUGCAUGUAUUUCAACCAAUCGGAUUCACAAAAUAAAACCCGGACACACCUCUGACCUCAGCAGUAGCUGCAGCCUGUGUGGAACACUGACAGUAAACCUGCUCGAGACUGUGGGGACACAGAGAAACACUUCACCAGGAGGACUGUGGAUCUGGUCCUCCAUGGCUUCCAGGGUUAUGAAGAGACCACUUCAGUCAGUAUGAACAGGAGGAAUCAUCACACUCACCCACAACCUGACAGUUAAAAACCACAAACCUUCCUUGUUUUUACCUUCAUAGUGUUCCUUGUUCUGUGUUUCUUGUCAGCAGCUGUUUUUCUUGCACUGUUGUCAUGGUAUCUAUGCAAUCAUCAGCCUCACUCACCAAACUUAUCAUCGGUCAGAGAGAUUGAUCAGUGAUCAGGAGCCUUGGCUAUUCAGAUUUAGAUGUUCCACUUUACUGUUUACUUCUGCUUUGUUUUGACGUCAGAGGUUAGCUUGAAGCUAACAGUCCAUUGAUUUGAGUGAGGAAUGCCAACAGUGCUAAUAGUGCUAACGGUCUCUGAGACGUUACACUGUCACUUUAAAUUUGCAUCCAGGGUAACCACACUCCCCUCCAUUGGCCUGUUGUUCUGUUGUUUUGAUCAUGUGACUAUAUAUUUGCCUUUUUUCUGUUCAGUUGACCAAUCAGCUGCCAUCUUUCUGGAAUAAAAAAACUGUUUGAC